UUUUUUUUUCUCUUGUAAGAGUAUCCUUUUGUUGAUAUUUUAUUGUUUUGGUGAUUAUCGUGUUUAAUUUUAUGAUUUAUCAACAGUUAAUUUAUUACUGUGCCAACAACUGUUGCUUCAACUGCUUAAUAAUUUAAAAAUAAUCAGUUUUACUUUCAUAGGUUGAUGUAUCCUCAUCUUUUGUUUACAUUUGAUGUUUUGUUUAAAGCAUUUUUCAUCGAUAAUCUCACCUGUCAUGGCUAUUGUUGAUAAAAAUCAGGUUAUCGAAGAUGCCAGAAGCAUCAGCUAAAUCAAAUGUUGUCAAUGAGGAAACGCAAGUCGAUCUAUUCAGGGACACACCAGUACGUUUAAUGGGUUAUGCCAAUGAGUGUGGUGAAUCGUUUAGAGCGUUGAUUCACGUUAAUUGGGUCAGAUUGUCUUAUGCAGUUGCCUCUGGUUACGUAGUUGCUGAUACUGUGGAUAAAUGUUACAAACAAUCAAAGUUACCCUUUGAAAACGAGUCAACAAAAAGGCGUAAAGUAUUGAAGACUCUUGUUGAUACUAUGGUUUGGCAAAGUUUAGCUUCAGUUAUCAUUCCAGGUUUUACAAUCAAUCGAAUCUGCGUUGUUUCAUUGAUCAUUUUAACUCGCCAUUCGCACCUACAGCGACAGAGAGCUAAGUGGGCAACUGUUUUCAUUGGGCUUGGAUCCAUUCCUUUCAUUGUUAAACCAAUUGAUAAUUUGGUUGAUUAUUUUAUGGAUUCAUUCUUCAGGAAAUAUAUUAUGCCCUAAAUGCUCUGAACUCGCAUGCCACCAAAGAACACUCAAAAACUAUUGCUCAGGAUUAUAAUGCUCACUAGAUGGAAACAAUCAUUUGAUGAUCUCCACAAAAAAUAGACAUGAUGGCCUUAGACCUAUGCAAGCCAAUUUCAACUAAACUCUUAUUUACAUCUUGAACUUUAAUGUCUACCAGUUAGCUUUUUCAUUCAAGUUAUUCUAGAAUCAAACUGAAGAUGAUGAAGUUUCAAUCAAUUUGAUUUGAAAUAUCAUUUAGGUGAUGUAAAUAAUUUUUAAAAUUAUGCAAGUAGUUGCAUGUACAUGCAGAGAUAGUGUAUUUGCAGAGAUGAAGGGAGAGACUUUAAAAGUGCCAUUGCUACCUGAAAAUUUCUAGUUUCACCUUUUAUCAUACAAACCACUCCAAAUAUCUCACAACAUGGAAUAAGUUGAGUAAUAGCGGCCUCGGUCAUCACCACCAACACUUCUGGUCAUUUCAUUUAAAUCAUCUCAAUCUUCCUCCUGAUCCAAUGUAACCUCUUCAAAACAAUAAGAAGCUCAUGCAGUUUA